AUGUUGUCUCGGAUGCGAGCGCUACUCUCGUGGGAUCGACCCUCUAAUGGAGCUGGGCCUUUCACAAAAAGGCAAUUCAAUGAGGGAGAUGAUUCAGCGAUUGUAAACUUCAAUGGGGCUUCAAUGAAUGGUAGCGGUGCCAAGUGUAAAACAGCAGGUCGCUCCUACCUCCUUCAAUCACACAAACUCAUCGGACCAAUGAUUGAUCAGAUUGUUCAGGCCAUUCAGCUGAAUGGUAUUAUUGUUCGUUUCGAAUGUCCCACCCUUGCUAUCAUAAGGGAUACAAACGAAGAAAACAUGUCCGAUCGAGAUAAAGCCCGCCUGCGUUUACGAAGCCAUAUGGAAGCAAAACCGUUAACCUUGGUUUACGUAAAAGGUCUGGGUGGCCGACCACCAACAGGACAUUGGCCAAUCCCGGAAGCGUUCUGGCAUGACCGCAUCGAGAAAGGGCAGCUACCUCCGCGUCGGGCGCAUCCUUGUAUUGUCUUUUCAAUUGAUCCUGUGCCUGCUCCGACAAUCCAAACGGAUCUGCCCUUCGAUAAGUAUCAACUGGAGCCGAGCCCUGUUGCGGAAUAUGUUUUGGAUAGACAUGCAAGCACGUCAACGAAUAUGUGUUACCAAGUAUUUGUGCGAUCUUCAAGUAGGACUGAAGGGGUUGGCAAACCCUUCGGUUAUUUGAAAACCGCCUCGAAUGGACAAUUUGUAAAUCUUAUCAUCAUGCCGUAUAACUAUCCUGUAAUUGUGCAACUACUGGAGGAAUACAAGGUACUGUUAAAACAAGACCUGCAUCAACCAACUCGUAGUAUUCCGUGCCCAGGUAGUUUGGCUCUUAGUCGUAGAAACUGUCCUUACUCGCCACUCAGAAAUGCUCUCACGAAAAUGAAAAUGGAGUCCAGUUUGCUGGACGAACGAGGUGUCUCGUUGAGUCAGGUUCCCGUUGAACGUAUACCGUACUCCCCACCGUCACGCGAUUGGCAGCCACUUCAGUCGCGCAUGAAGGAUCGUGGAGCGCGGCGAGAUCGUCGAGAAGUGGAGGCUAUGAGGGACCCAGAAGUAGAGUUGGCGAAAGAUGCGCCACUCAGAAAUGCUCUCACGAAAAUGAAAAUGGAGUCCAGUUUGCUGGACGAACGAGGUGUCUCGUUGAGUCAGGUCUAUCCAGCAGCGCUGCUCAAUUAUCUGAAUGAUCUGAAAACGCAAGGAAAGGAAGAAUUUGAGAAAGACAUGUACUACACUGUUCCCGUUGAACGUAUACCGUAUUCCCCACCGUCACGCGAUUGGCAGCCACUUCAGUCGCGCAUGAAGGAUCGUGGAGCGCGGCGAGAUCGUCGAGAAGUGGAGGCUAUGAGGGACCCAGAAGUAGAGUUGGCGAAAAUGCGGUUAUCGCUCCAGAGAACUCAACUACAUGUUCCCGUUGAACGUAUACCGUAUUCCCCACCGUCACGCGAUUGGCAGCCACUUCAGUCGCGCAUGAAGGAUCGUGGAGCGCGGCGAGAUCGUCGAGAAGUGGAGGCUAUGAGGGACCCAGAAGUAGAGUUGGCGAAGAAUGCGGUUAUCGCUCCAGAGAACUCAACUACAUGUGAGCAUGAGUUCGAUACCCUUUGUUACUAG